CAAGUUAUAUUAUUAUAAUAGCCAUAAAAAGAAGAAGUUUUAUUACAUAAAUAUAAGAAAUUUUAGGAGAGACUUCAUAAUGAAUAAUUAAGAAACUUUAACUUUGUAAGAACCUAGAAUUUGGACACUAAAAUACAUAAUUUGUUUUCAAUUUAUUAACCUGGUCACAAACACAUAGCCAUCUAAGAAGCAAGUGUUAAAUGGAAUAAAAAUUAAAUACCAAAAAAAUUGACAUUUAAUGCAAUCUAAAUAAGUAAGAUGUCAACAAUAUUUUAGACAUAUUUAAAAAUAUUUAGCUGUGUAAACUAUAGCAUGCAAUUCCUUUGACACCUUUGGUAAUAUCAACUUUAUCGUUAAGAAACCAGACUUAAUCGGAAACAUAUUAUCUACUUAUCUUGAAGAGCUUAAGCACGAGAUUUGAAGAGUACUAUUUACGCAUCAUAUUCAUAAUAUCAUGCUCUAUAUAUAGAAUCGAGAGAAGUGAAGCAUUUAUCACAAGUUAUUGAGCGAUUCUAUUGCUACUCUCAGCAUAAACGUGUAAGAUUAAUAAAUACAAUCAAGUAAGGACUUGGACAUUGUAGUAUCAACACAUCAUUAACUUUGAUCUAAAAU